AACAAAUUACAAUAAAACUGAAAAUGGGGGAGCGAAUUUCGACGUCAGCUUCCCCUGAAAAGCCGAAUCACGAAAAGAAAAGCGCCUCCCGCAGGCGUCCCUUUCCCUUUUAACGCCGCUCUCUCUUUCGGCCGUUAAGCCGCCCGUUGUCUGUUUCUAAGUUCCUUCCUCUCUAUUUUCUUCUCAUAUCAAUCCUCUUUUAUAUUUCAAAUUUCACAAAUAUCUAAUGCCGCAAAUUAACCCUGCCUCUAAACCCUAGAGUCCCCCCCUUUUUCACUUCUCGGUUUUAUUUUAUACUUUAAUUAUUAUUAUUAUUAUUAUUUCUUUGAUUUUGUGACGUGGAAUGGAUGGAGUGAGUAGCAGUAGCAACAACCAAACCGAUGCAUCGACGAGCGGCGGAGGAACCCAAACAGCAACACAACCUCUGCCAAUGCCCCAGCCAGUGGCGGGGCAUAGUGCAAACGGGCCACCGCCUUUCCUUAGCAAGACUUACGAUAUGGUAGAUGAUCCUGCCACCGAUGCCAUCGUUUCUUGGAGCCCAACCAACAAUAGCUUUGUUGUUUGGAACCCGCCGGAGUUCGCUCGGGAUCUUUUGCCCAAGUAUUUUAAGCACAACAACUUCUCGAGCUUUGUCAGGCAACUAAACACCUAUGGUUUCCGAAAGGUUGAUCCAGACCGCUGGGAAUUUGCAAAUGAGGGGUUUUUAAGAGGUCAGAAACACCUUCUUCGGAACAUUAGCCGUCGAAAGCCUGCCCAUGGCCAUGGACAUCAACAGACACAACAACCACAUGGACAGAGUUCAUCUAUGGGUGCCUGUGUUGAGGUUGGGAAAUUUGGGCUUGAGGAAGAGGUUGAGAGGCUCAAGAGAGAUAAAAAUGUCCUUAUGCAGGAACUUGUUAGGUUAAGGCAGCAGCAACAGACUACUGAUAACCAGCUGCAGAACAUGGUGCAACGUCUUCAGGGGAUGGAGCAGCGGCAGCAGCAGAUGAUGUCAUUCCUGGCCAAGGCUGUGCAGAACCCCAGCUUUUUUGCUCAAUUUGUGCAUCAGCAAAAUGAGAGCAAUAGGCGCAUAAGUGAAACCAACAAGAAAAGGAGGCUAAAGCAGGAUGGCAUCAUUGGUGAAGACCAUUCAACUGCCUCUGAUGGGCAGAUUGUUAAAUAUCAACCUUUGAUGAAUGACGCAAAAGCAAUGCUCAUGCAGAUGAUGAAAGGGGAUGCUUCACCCAGACUAGACUCCUUUAACAACAGUAAUGAACAUACCCUGAUAGGUGAUGGUUCAUUGUCAUCUAGUGGAUUGGAUGGUGGGAACAGUUCAAGCCGUGUAUCAGGGGUGACUCUUCAAGAGGUCUCGCCAACUUCAGGUAUCUCGGGGCAUUGCCCCUCAGCUGCCAUUUCUGAAAUACAAUCUUCCCCAUGUACAACAUCCUCUGAAAGGAUUACAACAGCAGAGCUUCCAGAUGUGAGUGCACUGAUUGGAGCAGAAAAACCACCAUCCGUGUCUGUUACACAGACAGAUAUAAUUAUGCCUGAUCUUAGUCAAAUAUCGGAAAUGGUCCCAGAAAGCAUUGUUGAUAUUCCUACUGAAAUGGGGAAUGAUGGAUUGAUUGAUCCCGAUACAUUGGCUGUAAAUGGUUUGUUAUCCAUAGAACUUGAUGACAUUGGUUCUGAUCCUGACAUAGAUGCCUUACUGGUUAACUCUCCUUUUUUUCAUGACCUUUUUCCAAGUCCAGUAUGUGAGGAAAUUGAGUCAACCUCAAUGGAGGGUAAAAGCAAGGAAAAUGAAGGGCAGGCGAUGGACGAUGGAUGGGACAAAUCUCAGCAUAUGGAUAAGCUCACGGAACAGAUGGGUCUUCUUAGAUCAGAAAACAAGGGGAUCUAAUCUUUUAUUUCCAUUUAUUUGAGGUGAACCUGAAAGUUGUAUUUUUUUGACUUUUAUUUUGGUCAUUGGAAAACGAGUAAUGUCUUCUUAUGUAUUCUGGUUUUGUUUUGGGUAUUGUUCCACCUAACUGGAAAUUUUCUUGCACUCCACCAUUUUGUGAGUUUGGUAUUGGUGGUGAACAUUGAUAUGAAGUGGUUCGGAGACGGUCAUAUGUUGCUCCUA